AUGGACUUGAAGAAUGUGGAUAUCAAAAUUGAGAGUGCGGAUCAGGCCUUGACUGUGUUAUGUUCUUUAUCGCCGUUUUAUGAUACUUUUGCCGAUACACUACCAUAUGGAAAAGAGAGAAGAACACAACAAAAGAACUUUAAUAGGAAAAAGUCAAUCGCCAGAUCGAAGUCUAGAGCAUGGAAGCAGAACUUUUAUGAGUGCGGGGAGCAAGGUCACUACAAGAGAGAUUGUCCUGAACUGAAAGAGAAAAGAGGGAAGCAGAAAGUAGAUAAUUCUGCAAAUAUUGUUGACACUUGCGGUAAUUCUGAUGAUAGUGACUAUGUAGGGGAAGUUUGUGCUAGCCCAGAGGGCUCAGCAAUUGGUGUGCUGGUGCUGCAAUUAUCGCAAAUGCGAGCACUAGUUCGCAUUUGCGAUCAUUACAUUCGCAAAAUUUGCAUCACAUUUGUGAAGGGGGCAGUGGGUGACAGGCUUCGCAUUUGCAAAGCCAGCCUGGCAAAUGCAAAGGGGAUUGCGUUGGGAGCUAAUCGCUUUUGCGACCAAACGACCACUUUUUGCGAGGGGGACUGCCUCCGCAAAUGCGAAGUCAGGGUCGCAUUUGCGACAUUCUCUGGGUCUUUCAGGCAGCGCAUUUGCGAUGUAUUUGUCGCAUUUGUGAACCCCAGGUCGCAUUUGCUAGACCUGCAGCUGAAUAAUGGGAUUUAG